AACAAAAGCUCGCUGGAAGGAAGCCAAUGAGGCCGUAGGAGGGGACAGCAACUCUGCUGCUUUAAAGAGUGAGAGCACAACGAGCCUCUGUCUUCAUUCUCUUCUCUCCAAGUCUUAAAGGAAUCAGCGAUGACCGCGGAACCAACCCACACUUGUUACGAGGGCCACACCGUCCCGAACUUCCAGUUCUACCUGGAACACUCAGGAGAGCACGAAGCCAUGCUGCAGUGUGUUCAAAACGUCCUGCCAGGAGAAUUUACAAGAAUUGGAGCCGGUAAAAGCAGCCUGGAUGUUCUUGGUGUUGGAAGUGGUGGAGGGGAGAUGGAUGUCCACAUGCUCUCUCUGCUGCAGUCUGCCUUCCCUGCUGUUCCUAUCACUGCUGACAUUGUGGAGGGAAGCUCUAAGCUCACUGACAACUUCAAAGCUUUGGUAGCUAAGACUGCCAACCUUCAGAAGAUCCCAUUUAACUGGCAUAUAAUGCACAGUGGAGACUAUGAGAAGCAAGUGAAAGCAAAGGGAGACAUGAAGAAAUUCGACUUCAUACACAUGAUUCAGAUGAUCUACUAUGUGGACAACCUUGGUGAAACAAUCAAGUUUUACCAGAGCCUUCUGAAGAAAAACGGCAGGCUUAUGAUCAUCAUUGAAGCAGGAAACAGUGGCUGGGACAUUCUGUGGAAAACGUUCGCGAAUGAGCUGCAUCAGUGCAAUGAUGCCAUCAAGGAGUACCGCUCAUCAAACGAAGUUAUCGCCUGCCUGAAAAACCAGGGUCUGAAGUAUGACGAGCAUCCAGUUCCCAACUCCUUCGACAUCAUCGAGUGCUUCAAUCCAAGCAGCGAGACUGGACAACGUCUGCUGAAUUUCAUGACGGCACAAGAGAACUUCCACGAAUCCUUCACCCCAGAAAUCAGAGCAAGCAUGCUCGACCUUCUCAGAGACAAGUGCAGCACUGAAAAAGAUGGCAAGGUGUUCUUCAACAGUGAUUUGAAGUGCUUUCUUGUUCAUGGAUGAGUGUGCCCUGUGAAAAAAAAACACGCCCACACACCUUUCAUUGUUGUUGUUGUUGUUGUUGUGUAUGUUUACAGCAAAUAAUAAAUACAUACAUGAAUCCUCAAA